CGGGGUCCAGAGAGAGCGGAUAUAGUGAAUGCAGGGUCCAGGGACACCAGAUAUAGUGAAUGCAGGGGUCCGGGGAGAGCGGAUAUAGUGAAUGCAGGGUGCGGGGAGAGCGGAUAUAGUGAAUGCGGGGACCGGGGAGAGCGGAUAUAGUGAAUGCAGGGUCCAGGGAGACCUGAUAUAGUGAAUGCAGGGUCCGGGGAGACCAGAUAUAGUGAAUGCAGAGUCCAGGGAGACCAGAUAUAGUGAAUGCGGGGUCCAGGGAGACCGGAUAUAGUGAAUGCGGGGUCCGGGGAGACCGGAUAU